UCACACUUCUGUCCAUCCUGAUAGAGGAUCCUCCUCUGUUGCUCUCUCACAGGUCUCUUCCUCUUUUCUCCCCCGUUAUGCCGGUCUAGGGAAACCUGGACGCAGCAUAACAUAAGGUCUCCCCCCUCUCUCCCACUCCCAAGAACGACCAUUCAUGCUGUAAUACAGUCCAUCAUAUUUAUUAUUUUACACCAUUGGUAGUAAUAUACGUCAGGGUGAGCCUGGCCCAAAACAAUAAACAAAACAAUCUUCAUUAAUCAACUACCUGACCUACUCCCAAACUGAACAAAACAAAAGACAGGCAGCUUACAAUAGCUCCCUACCCAAAACAGGAGAAAACAAAGAAAACAAAAGAGCGGCUGACCCCUACUACUACUACAUGGACUGUUAGCUAUAGUAUGUGAUCAGCGGUCACCCCGAUCCGUAUUACAGAGAUCCCUGUUGCUGUGCAGCACGGUCCGGUCGGGAGCCGGGGAGAAGAGAGAGAGCCGGCCAGCCUCCACAGGUGCCUUCUUAUGUCCCGCCUCAUGAGUCCCCAGUCCAAUCACCUGCCAUUUACAGGAUACAAAGAAAAUGUCACAAUACACAGCACCACCCUCAGACAGGGAGGCACGCAGCAUAUAUGAUCCUGUAUUAUGACUCAGAGUCAUAACACCCUCGUUAAAGUUUUCUUUUGGGGAGUUUUUCCUGUUCUGGUAUGAGGGUUCCGGGACAGAGGAUGUGAAGCCCUCUGAGGAGAAUUUGUGAUUUGUGAUUUUGGGCUAUACAAAAUUAAUUGAAAUUGAAUAAUGUGGCAACCCGGGGGACGUGGAGGCAAGAUUCAGCGAUAAAACAGGUGACUCAGAGACAGUAGCCAUGUAACAAAAAGUGUCCUUUAAUAAACAGGGUAGGGUAAAGCGGGAUAGGGUCAAACUCAACAAAAGAUUCUUCCCGGUCGGGGUCUUUGGCCUUCGGUCUACACCCAGCGUGAGAUGAUUCCUCCGUCCUGUUUGGGCAGAGCAGAGGAGGGAGGUGAGUCCACUUAAUUACCUCCGGUCUGCUGAAGCUCCUCUCCAGAGGUUCAGGAGAUCCUUGUAUCCUCUGCCCAGUCUGUCUCCCGCUCCGGCUUCACAGCCCUGGGAACAUAUGCUCCUUCCAAUUAGCUCAUGGGCCGCAGGUGUGACCACUGCCAUGUGCCUAGUGGCUGCAGCACCUGCACCGGAUAGUAUACUCCCUCUGUCACCUCCCCCAACCUGAGCUUGGGGAUCCGCCUCCUGUGCUGUGUUGGCUCGGCUUUUCCCCCUGGUUUGCCACAAUAAUAAUAAAAACAAUAAUGAUAUUAAUAAUAAUAAUAAUAUGUCUCUCUCAGAUUUAUUACCACGGAGAGCCAAUCAGCGUCAAUGUCCACGUCACCAACAACACCAACAAGACUGUGAAGAAGAUGAAGAUCUCAGUGCGACAGUAUGCAGACAUCUGCCUGUUCAACACGGCUCAGUACAAAUGUCCGGUGGCCACCGAGGAGUCCGAUGACGUCGUCGCUCCCAGUUCGACUUUCUGCAAAGUUUUCACUCUCACUCCGUUUCUGGCCAACAACCGAGAGAAACGAGGCCUCGCUCUGGACGGGAAACUGAAGCACGAGGACACCAACCUGGCCUCCAGCACACUGUUAAGAGAAGGAGCCAAUAAGGAGAUUCUCGGCAUCAUUGUGUCGUACAAAGUCAAAGUGAAGCUGGUGGUGUCUCGAGGCGGGAUCCUGGGAGAUCUGGCGGCGAGUGACGUCUCUGUUGAGCUGCCUUUCACAUUAAUGCACCCGAAGCCUUUAGAAGAAUCCAUCUACAGAGACGCUCCAGAUGAAGCUCCGAUCGACACAAACCUGAUUGAGUUUGACACAAACGACGAUGACAUCAUCUUUGAAGACUUCGCCCGCCAGCGGCUGAUUGGUGGUGCGAAGGAAGACAAGGAUGAAGACGAGGAGCCGGUAGACUCGCCCAAACUGGACAACAGAUAAAGGCUCGAAGCGCCGCCGCUGCCGUCGUCGUCUCCCUGCUGUUGGUAGCGUGGAGCUGACGGAUGUCGUCCAAAAGUCUGGACGCCCUUCAAACACUCGGUGGUGCCGUGUUUGUGUUCUUCGUUCAUGUUCGUCCUCUCUGCGUCCUGCCGGAGGUGUAAAAAAAGCUAGAAUAAUGCAGCCUAGUCGUGUUUUCAGACGGAGCGGCCUCUUGGCUCCUUUUUGCCCCGGCCGGCCGGAGACUUGAAUUGGCGACCGCGGCAGUUGUCGUAAACCCCGCGGUUGGUAGCAUGCCUCUAAUGUCAAUUUGUUCUACGUGUUUCCAUUAGGGAGCGAACAGGAGUAACGUCGUGUUGAGAUUAGUUUGAUGUGUCGUAUGAAGAGGGUCUUUGUAAAACAACGCUGCCAACCUUCGGUAGAUCUGGAACAGUUCAGCCGACAGAGGUCUGACGGAAACACCAGAAGAAGUCAUCGACCCGCCGAGACAACCUGAGACUGUCAGAGAGAGACACCGAUCAGCUGACAGGACUCGAUGGCCGAGUGUGCAUGAAAUACACCGAUACUUUCUACGGUUUAUUAAUAUCACGGUAAUGGACCUUAUAGAGGAUGGCCCUGGUUUUAGAAGUUUUCAUGUGGAUCGUAUUCAGAUGGUCAUCGUUCUUCAAUCUUUCACUUCUAUCACCUCAUUCUUUACCUAAACUAGAGCGCUUCCUCCUUGUGUCGCAAAGAAAGUAGUGGGAUUACUUAACUUUGCAUCACCAGUUCCACCAUCCUUUAAUCCUCGUAAAUACACUUCCUACGCUUUAGAAAGCUACUAGCUAGCAGCUACUAGCAGCUAUCCAGCUAGCUAGCUUGGUCACAUUGGUGGCUGUUUUAACAAAUGUAUCAAUAUGUUUAAACACGAAUGUGUCUUCUGACAGUGAGAUUAAUUAUAAAACACGCUCACAUGUCCUGUUUGUGGAUAAACUGAUCACAUGUUGGAAAUCUAAACUUCCACACCUGGAAAAAUAAUUCAAACUUAAUAACAGAUAAAAUAAAAUAAAAUGUCGUUUUUUGUCGGUAAAGGAUGAUAAAAGUAGCGACGCCGAGCAAAGUGAUCUCACUAGUUCAGGUAAAGAAUACGUCGUCUAGACGAUGAACUUCAGCCUCAAUACUUUUCUGAUGAAGAACAAAUGUCUCAGAUUCAGACUGUUGUUGAUUUUGUUUUUUAUUUUCACAAAGUUCUCGCCGUUUGUCGUCACUUUGUGUUUGACGACCUUUUAACAUUCAACAACUUAACAACUGUGAUUUCUCAUGAAAGAAAAGUAUUUGUAUCUUCAACAUUAUUCAAACAUCUGAAUUUAAUCCUCCACAUUACUUUACAUUUAUGAUUGAUCAAUGAUUAUGAUCAAAAAGGGGGGGGUGUGAUGAAAGACCUUCCCUGUGCUAGUACUUUAAAAUAUAAGAAUCUAUAGUUUCAUACUCUCAAGUCUGUGAUGUGCGAGUGUCCUUGAACGUACCAGCAGAGCUACUCUGAAGGCUGAAAGAAGCAAAUCUAUUUAAAACCGAUUCAUAAAACGAUCAGUUUGUAAACAGGAAAUAUUAAUGUAAAAAAACACCAGAAUGGUCCUUUAAUGGACUUUAAAACCAUGUGAAGAAUCAGGAGCCAACUUUUAUUGAACAAAACAAAGAUCAAAAACAGCCAAAACGUCUUUAUUGUUUCUAACAUUAUUUGGAUGGACUUUUAUUUUGACAGGGCCAGGAGGAAACCUGUAUGUUAUUCCACUACAUCGCUAAUAAAAGGACGUUUGUGGCUAA